AUUUGAAAUAAUUUAAAAAGGUAAGUUAUAAAAUUCAAGAGCGUAAGUUUUUUAUAAAACUAGAAUCAAUGUAUUAUAUGCUAAUAAUUAACCAACGUUAUUUUGACUACUGAUUGGAAACGUCUGAAAUUAUGAGCAGGAUUUUUGAUGGUUUCGUUCGUUCACUUCUCAAGCUAGAAACUUUGCAUUCCACUUGUUCGAAGCACUUCCGGUUGCUAAAGGUUGCUCCUUUUACUACUGCAAGUGCUGCUUCCCAGUUUCUUCAUGAUGAUUUCACGGAUGAAGACAAUGAAGUCAAUAGCUCUUUAAAUCCCACUCUUUGCACCGAAAAAAAUGAUGGGAAUCUUAGUUUUAGUUCUUGUUUAAGGUUACUAGAUUGUUAUACUAGAAGUGGAUCUGUCCCUGAUGCUAAAAAGCUCCAUGGGAGAAUUUUGAAGUUGGGUUUUGACAGUGAUACGACUAUCGAAAACCGCCUUUUUUAUCUGUAUGUGUGCAAUGAGGAUCUGGCAGGCGCAUUACCAGCUCUGCGUAACGCGCCUUCAUGGACUUCAAAUGUUUCUAUGUGGAAUAAGUUCAUAUCUGGGUGUAGGAAAGAUGUAAGGGUUUUUUACAUAUUUUCGCGGAUGAUGAAUGAAGGUGUCCGUCCAGACAUGAGUACAUUUGCCAGUGUUCUGAGAGCUUGUGGUGCUCAUCAGAUAGCAUCUAAUUUGCAGGCGAUUAAGCAGAUACAUGCUAUGGUUUUGCAAUAUGGUUUUGUUGGAAGCUGCAGCGUUUGCAAUUUCUUGAUUGAUUUGUACUCUAAGAAUGGUUUGGUCGACUUUGCUGAAAAAGUCUUUGAGGAUCUGAAUUCAAGGGACAGUGCUUCAUGGGUUGUCAUGAUGACCGGAUUCUCUCAGAAUGGGCGCAAAAAAGAUACAAUUUUUCUCUAUAUUGAUAUGCGUAGGUUGGGAGUGAUUCCAACUCCAUAUGCUUUCUCUAGUGUUUUAAGUGCCACUACCAAGCUAUCAUUUCUUGAACUGGGAGAACAACUCCAUUCUGUAAUCUUGAAGUGGGGAUACUUAUGUGAUGUGUUUGUGCGUAAUGCUCUUUUAGCGUUAUACUCUCGCAAUGGAGGCUUAAUGUCUGCAGAGAAAAUAUUCUCUGAAAUGAAUUUCAGGGACAGAGUGUCUUAUAACACACUGAUUUCAGGUUUUGCGAUGCAAGGGUUUAGUGAGAGGGCACUCAUACUGUUUGGUAAAAUGCAAAUGGAUUCCAUAAAGGCGGACUGUGUUUCAAUUUCAAGCCUCUUGAGUGUUUGUGCGUCUUGUGGUGAUCUUCAAAAGGGAAGGCAGCUGCACUCAUAUGCAACAAAGGCAGGCCUUUGUUCAGAUAUUAUUGUCGAAGGAUCAAUACUCGAUCUUUAUGUCAAAUGUGCAGAUACAGAAACUGCCCGUGAUUUUUUCCAAACAACGCAUAUGGAAAACAUAGUCUUGUGGAAUGUCAUGCUAGUGGCUUAUGGACAGAAAGGGGACUUAAUUGAAUCGUGUCGCCUUUUUUCCCAAUUGCAGGCUAAGGGUCUGCAACCUAAUCAAUACACUUAUCCUAGCAUUUUGAGAACUUGUACAUUUGUGGGUGAUAUGGAUCUAGGCGAGCAAAUACAUAGCCUAGUCAUAAAAACUGGAUUUCAACCAAAUGUUUAUGUUUGUAGUGUUCUUAUUGAUAUGUAUGCUAAGCAUGGCAACUUGGAUGCAGCACGGGAAAUCUUCAGCAAUAUCGAUAACGAAGAAGACGUUGUGUCUUGGACAUCUAUGAUUGCUGGAUACACUCAACACGAUCUCUUUGAUGAAGCAAUAUGGCUUUUUCGCCAAAUGCAGGACCGGCGUAUUCAAUCAGACAAUAUAGGAUUUGCCAGUGCAAUAACCGCAUGUGCUGGAAUUCAAGCACUUAAUCAAGGGAGACAAGUUCAUGCUCAAUCAAUUGUCUGUGGAUACACAUCUGAUAUAUCAAUUGGCAAUGCACUUGUUUGCCUAUAUGCUAGGUGUGGUGAAGUGCAUGAUGCUCAUAUGACGUUUAACAAGAUUGAUUCUAAAGACAAUAUUUCAUGGAAUGGUUUGGUAUCGGGGUUUGCCCAGAGUGGAUACUGCGAGGAAGCGUUAAGAGUUUUUUCAAAAAUGAAUCAUUGUGGAGUGGAAGCUAAUAUUUAUACAUACGGGUCUGCUGUUAGUGCAGCUGCUAACAUGGCAAAUAUCAAACAAGGGAAACACAUCCACGCUAGAAUGGUAAAAACCGGUUAUGACUCCAAAACAGAAUCUUCCAAUGUGUUGAUCACAAUGUAUGCGAAAUGUGGGAGCCUUGGUGAGGCUAAGAGAGAGUUCAUGGAAAUGCAUUGCAGGAAUCAAGUUUCGUGGAAUGCGAUGAUCACUGGAUAUUCUCAACACGGACUUGGAAACGAAGCAAUACAACUCUUUGAGGAAAUGAAACUGGCAGGGGUGGCACCGAAUCAUGUCACCUUUGUGGGUGUUUUGACAGCCUGCAGCCACGUGAGGCUGGUGGAGAAGGGGCUUAGCUACUUCAAGUCCAUGAGUGAAGAUCACGGUUUGGCACCAAGACCAGAGCAUUAUGCAUGUGUUGUUGAUAUCAUGGGACGGGCCGGUCAACUGCAACGUGCAAGAGAUUUCGUGGAGACCAUGCCAAUUCCACCUGAUGCGAUGGUUUGGAGGACCCUGCUGAGUGCUUGCACUGUUCAUAAGAACAUUGAAACCGGGGAAUUUGCUGGGGACCACCUCUUGGAACUGGAGCCCAAAGCUUCGGCGACCUAUGUUCUUCUAUCAAACCUGUAUGCAGUUGUAGGGAGAUGGGAUUACAGAAAUUCCACAAGGGAACUAAUGAAAGACAUGGGUGUUAAGAAAGAGCCCGGACGAAGUUGGAUUGAAGUGAAAAACAAAAUUCAUGCAUUUUUUGUCGGUGAUAGGUUGCAUCCGAUGGCAGGUGAGAUACAUAGGUUUGUGGUGGAACUGAAUGAACGUGCGACUGGAGUGGGCUACGUACAAGACAACAACAGCCUUUGGAAUGAUUUGGAGAUGGAGCAGAAGGACCCCACUGCGUUUGUACACAGCGAGAAGCUGGCCAUUGCGUUUGGACUUCUGAACUUGUCAAACCACAUUCCCCUAUGUGUGAUGAAGAACCUUCGCGUCUGUAAUGACUGCCACAACUGGAUUAAGUGUGUGUCUAAGGUUGAAAAUCGGGCCAUUGUCGUUAGGGAUGCCUACCGUUUCCAUCACUUUGAAAAUGGCGAUUGUUCGUGUCACAAUUUUUGGUAACAGGUCAAAGAACGUGGGAUAGAGGAACAAUACACUAUGAUGUGGAAAGUGGGUGUGCUAAUCCGGGGUGGGAAACCUUAUGCUCAUGAUAUGUCUCGUCAAUUUCGGUUAGAACUGCUGUGGGCCUGUGCCAGCCCUUUCAAGCACACACGGAUCGAGUUGGUCAGCCUCAUUUUGACCCCAAAGACAGAGCUCGGGAGCUCGACCUCUUAGAUUGGAUAAUUGCCAUGUUUGGUUUUCAAGUACAAAUUAUUAAUUCAAAAAAUGGAAACUACUCGUUUAGUCUGGGUUCAUGAAAGUGAAAGAGGACUUGGACAACAUUUCUGAAGAAGAUAUCAUUGUUUGAAAACCAAAGAGCCCCACCACAUUAUAAGCAGGCCAUAAAAUAAGGGACUUGCAGCAGCUAUGAAUUUUUUGGAGGAGGAAAAGGGCAUGAAUGUGAACUCCAAGGUUGGACUAAUCUCAUAUGCUGAUCUAGUCCAAUAUGAAACACAAAGAGCAGUUUAAAAAUGUAUGGUGGCAAUGCAGAGAAUGGGGCUCUUUUAUUGUGGAGAAUAUGGUUGAAAUGGACAGGCCAUGCCAGGACCACCCGGGCAAGUUCCAGGUACUGUGCAGCAGGAUUGUUUGGGUAGAUCUGUGCCUUGCCCGGGUGGGGUUUAACCAAGACCACUCGGGUGACUAUUGGGCACCCGGUCAACUAGUAUGACACUGCAUGGGGAUCCUCGAGUGAUCAAAUGUUCCUUCAGAAAAUCACUCGACCAUGUUUUUGGGACUCGUACUGGGUGGUCAGCUUGGGCGUACAUGUGUUGGUAAGAAUAAUCCAAGCUUGGUUGGACGGUAGCGACUAAAGAUCGUGGAGAAGAUUCAGAUAUUCUUGUACAAGCACUACGCGCCAAGAAAGGUGUUAUCAGCACCGACAAAUGAGUAGGACAAGCGCUACAUGAUAAGGAAAGUCACCUCGCACCAUCUAGGAAUGUGGGUCGACAUCGGCAUUCUUUGUCUUGUCCCAUGGGCUCCACUAUGAAUAGCCUUGUAACCCUCAAUAGAAGGGAUCCGAACUU